CCCUCGGAAACAUCUCCCUCACUUUUUUAGUCCCCCUUCUUUGAAUCAAAUACUUCACCAGUUCAUCUUCGCCUCUCCACUUCGAUUUUCCGCUUCCACGGUCUUCCCUUGCGUCUCCAAAUUCUCUUCCAUCUCCUCUUACCGUCGCAUACUUGGCACUAUCCUAACUCGCAUCCUUUUCAAUCAAGAAAAUGGCGUCGCCCACCAGGCUAGAUCUGGAUGGCAACCCCAUUAAGCCCAUCACCAUUUGCAUGAUCGGCGCCGGAGGGUUCAUUGGCUCCCACCUCUGCGAGAAGCUCAUGGCCGAGACGCCGCACAAGGUCUUUGCCCUGGACGUUUACAAUGACAAGAUCAAGCACCUCCUGGAGCCCGACACGCUCCCAUGGGCUGGCCGAAUUCAGUUUCACCGCCUUAACAUUAAGCAAGAUUCUAGGCUCGAAGGCCUCAUCAGGUUGGCGGAUCUGACAAUCAAUUUGGCGGCCAUCUGUACUCCUGCCGAUUAUAAUACCCGCCCUCUGGAUACUAUCUAUAGCAAUUUCAUUGAUGCGCUUCCGGUGGUGAAGUAUUGUUCGGAGAAUAACAAACGUCUCAUUCAUUUCUCUACUUGUGAAGUUUAUGGGAAAACGAUUGGAAGCUUUCUCCCGAAGGACAGCCCGCUUCGUCAGGAUCCCUCAUUCUAUGUUCUCAAAGAAGAUGCCUCUCCAUGCAUAUUUGGUCCAAUUGAAAAGCAGAGAUGGUCCUAUGCUUGUGCAAAGCAAUUGAUUGAGAGGCUGAUUUAUGCUGAGGGUGCUGAGAAUGGCCUGGAGUUCACAAUUGUAAGACCUUUUAACUGGAUUGGACCACGAAUGGAUUUCAUUCCUGGCAUUGAUGGUCCAAGUGAGGGUGUUCCUCGGGUUCUUGCAUGCUUUAGCAAUAAUCUCCUCCGUCGGGAGCCCCUCAAGCUUGUGGAUGGUGGCCAGUCCCAAAGAACUUUUGUUUACAUCAAGGAUGCUAUUGAAGCUGUCUUGUUGAUGAUUGAAAAUCCUGCCAGGGCAAAUGGGCAUGUAUUUAAUGUGGGAAAUCCAAACAAUGAGGUUACAGUUAAGCAGCUUGGUGAAAUGAUGACUCAGAUCUAUGCAAAGGUAAGUGGCGAACCGGCUCUGGAAAAACCUACUAUUGAUGUGAGCUCCAAGGAGUUUUAUGGUGUGGGAUAUGAUGAUAGUGACAAGAGAAUUCCUGAUAUGACCAUAAUCAACAAGCAACUUGGUUGGAAUCCCAAGACAUCACUUUGGGACCUUCUUGAAUCAACCCUCACCUACCAGCAUAGGACAUAUGCAGAAGCCAUUAAGAAAGCCAUUGCGAAACCAGUUGCAAGUUAAACUAACAUAUGCUGAUGGUGUUGUAAUGCUACUCCCUGUUCUUGCUUUAGUGGUUGACUUACUCAUCCUAUGAAAUGUCAUUUCUCCUUUGUUUCUUUAGCCAAUAGCCAUUGCAAGGUUUUUGAAGAAAGAGGGCCAUGUGUGGUAUUAACGUAGAGCUCUGCGCUCCUGGAUAUGAUAGGGAAACAUGUUUUUGUGUUCUGGGGGCCCCUAGUCAUUCCUUUAUUCUGGCUCCCAGGUUCAUUUGUAUUAUUUUGUUUGCCCCACGAAGGCAAGGCAUAUGUUUCUAUAUUGCUAUUGUAUUAUUUGCCAGUAAUUUAUGGAUUGCCUUUGUUGCACUAUUUGACUCUUUAGUAAGACGCUACUCACAACGGAUGUACAUCAAAAGACACAAGAAAAGUUUAUUGGUUUUAUA